AGCAAAAUGGACUUCGAGAGAGAACCGGAAAAGUUGGACCCCUGAUUGAUAAAGUUCUUGCUCGUUGGAUCGAUUGAUCUUAUGCGGCUCUGUUACGUUUAAACGUUCGGCUUCGGCAUCUGCUCCAGGAAACUGUUUUCUUAGAUUGUGAUUGGUGAACAAGCUGUUUUUUUUCCUGACAAAGUCUUUGUUCGGUAUGGCAACGUGAACAGGUGCAAAGAAAACGAUGCAACCACCGUCCUGGACGAUUCGUCUGCAGCACGGCGAGGGCGGUCGUGUGCUGCCAAACCGCACGGUGGUGUACGACGAUAAGGAUAAGAGUCUCUCGCUUCUGUCUGCGACAUCAUUUUCUUCUUCGGAUGCUGGUAGUACGGAAGAUCAUGUUGAUGGCGUGGUCAUCUACCGGUGGUCGCUCUCGACAGUGUUACAGCACGCCCAAGACCUAGCACAGCAGACCGCUGCGGACGACGAUAUUAGGCGCGGGGAUGAAAAAGCGAAGAGUAUAAUCCGAGACGGAACAUCAACAUCACGAGCAAGUCUUUUCCUCAUGGAAAAUGGAUGUCGCUCUACGGGUGCUCAGGAACUUUGCUUCUUCAUUGCGAGUGAAGCUGAAAGUUCAGCAGAGGGAUCAUUCGUCAGCAUUUACGGAGUCUUUUUCGACGAGCUUUCCGGAGCUCACACACGAACGUGCAGCUACGAUCCAGUGGAAAUACUGCCGAUAGAAAAUGACCUCGGUGAGUUGUACUACAGCUCAGCGGAAGCACCCUUUGCUGUGGUCGCAGAUCGUGGCGAGGAAGUGCAGGGAAACAAUAAAACGGUGCUCAUUGUGAAGAAAAUUUUCGACGAGCCAACGACUGGCGCGUCGUUUCAACUGGUCCAAGUUCCGGUUGAAGCUUCAGCAGAGGGCGAGCAGGAGGAACUCUGCGUGAUCCAUAGUGGAGGUAAGUUGUACAAUUACGAUGAGCCCUACGAAGAUGAAGAAGGCCAGAUGGUGUAUGAUGAGCAGUACGACGUCGAGCCCGGGCACUCCGAUGGCGAAGUCGUCGGUCAAUAUUCGGCUGUUUCGGUUUUGGCGAGCAAUCCAGAUCAAAGCAAUGUUACCGAUGCUUGUGUGCAUGCCGAGAGAAAUAAAAGCGCAAUCGACGGUGAUGAUGCGACCGCCGCGGCGUCUGAUGUUGACUGUCCUUCGGUGGUCAUCAGCGCGCCACUACCCAAAAACACCUUGCUCGCUCGCGCGCUGAACGCGCACCGUCCAUCGGCACCCGGCGUUGACAAGGGAAAGGGAAAAGCGGCGAAAGCCGCGAAUAAAGGACCAAAACAUAAUAUCUCGUCGACCCACAUUUCGCAGCAACUUGGCUACGCGACCCGCACCGCGCCGCUGUCGACCGCGAAAAAGAGUAAUCAGAACACCGGAAAUCUACCGACAACAUUUCAUCGCAAAGUGCGCUCGGCGGGCUAUGGGCAGGCGAAGGCGGCGCCGCCGAAAAAGCGUUUUCAGCGGCCAGAUUUUGGAGUGCCGAAAAGCGCGCUGGAGGCGAAAAGCGAAUGGGGAACAAGGCAGGUUGAUGUUGGGCAGCGAGGAAAUUGUCCUCCUAUCACAGGAGCUGCGAAACGCUCGGCUGCAGCGCCACAGGGCACGACAUCUUCUGGCGGCGGACGAGGUGCAUUAAAUCACGGCUGUGAAAAAAUUGCCGACUGUGACUACCUGGAUAAUCUUGUCGUGGCGGCGGACUUGGAGAUUAAGGAAGCUGUGAUGGAUCUGUGUUACUUUGGCGGCAGCUCGCAGAGCAAAUUGCUCGUGCUGACAUCCGAUAACGUCGUCUCGCUCGUCCAAAAAACUACCUCACCCGUGCUGUCUAGCUCUACUUCCAAAGAGAUUUUACAUUCGGGCCACCAUCAACUACCAGAUUUUGCUGUGAAAUCCGCUUUCUCCCUCGACAAUUCGUUAGGACGCGUCUGCCAGAAGAUCCGAACGUCAUGCCCCGGGUCUGCCAGUGCGCAAAUUUCAGCCAACGGAUUUUCUGAUCAACUAUUACUCGCCGUGACGGAAGACAAUUGCAGAGCCGGGUUGUACAGUCUGAACUCCGAAAGCUUCGGGAAAAUCGUGUGUGAGUUGACGACGAGUAGUUCAUCAUCAACAGUAAUAUCCGGCGCAGCUGCAACCUCCACAGGGACAGCAUCAAAUUCGAAUAAAAUGAAGCCUACAUCAACUUCUCGACGCGCGGCGAAGAUCCGCGACGCGUGCUUCGUGGCGAACAGCAGUGCGAUUGCCGCUGUGGUCGAGGAUGACCACUUCAACGCCGGGGCACAAAGCCGUGGAACCUCGGGAAUUGGGAUUUUCAAGUACAGUCUGCAAAAACGCGACUACGAGGACGACGUCAAUCGAUUCCAGCAGCAGGGGGGCAGUGCAGUUUGCGUUGGGGUUUUACGGCAGCGACCUGUCAAUGGUCACCAGCAGCCCGAGCAGCUGCAAAGUUGUACCAUCCCGAGAAAAUAUUCGAAAAUCGCUUCCCCCAGCAACGUUCUCUCCGCCUUGCUCCUCGCUUCCGCCACGUCGGGCGCGAAUAACGGGAUUCACCUCUGGGACUUGAGUCACGAAAGGAUCGUCGCCACUUUCUCCACCGGCGGUGCGGAUAAUUUCUCCUCCACAAAAAGCUCGACAACGAACGAGACCUACAGCAACGCGGGACGGUUGACUUGUAUGGAAUUCUGUACUCCGAGUAACGCAUAUUCGAGCAUUGGGAAUUUGUCGCUGUUUUACACCGCCUCAACGGACGGGUUCUGUGAUCUGUUUGACAUCCGGUGCAAAAGUGGGAAGAGAUCCUCUGUCGCCAGUUUCUCUGGGUGCCACAAGCACUCCUUCCUUCCCCAUCUGAAGAUUAAAAUGUCCGGCUGCAUGCGCUACUUGGCUUGCGGCAGCGAGGAUGGCAGCGUCGUUCUCUACGACGUGCGGCGAGCGGUGACGGGGUCGUUCUAUUCGUUCUCAGACGCAAUAUCAAACCAAGAGAAUGCAGCACUACAACAAACAGACGCUAGUGUCACCUACCCGCACACCCACACCUCCGCGCAGCCGUGUUCUGUGGUUGAUUUCCACCCGGUAACUGGGACUCUGACCACCGGCGGGUUUGACAAGCGGGUGUGCUUUUUGAAGAACGCGGAGUUGCUGCCGGUCGGGACGAGGAAAAACCUGCGUCGCGGUGGAGGUGCUCGCGGUGCGGUCAGGAGGAAGCCAGGUGGGGGAAUGCGAAAUUUUUUGCAAGGCGAAGCGGUGAUGGAAGAACCGGAUGGAGGUCUUCCUCUUCAGCCAGAUGUUGACAUACAAGAAGCGGAAGUUUCGUACGAAGAGGUGGUUGCGCACCAAUUGACUGAGCCCCGCGAGCUUGAAGUCGAUCACGCAUUUUUCUGAGCGAGAAGACAAGCUAAAUUUAACGCAAAGAAGGCUCGACCUAAUAUGUUGCCGUGGGAUCGUGAGGUCAUUUUGCGCAAUUGUACUCAGAGGCCAU